GUGGGCCAAUGGACAGCCUGGGGACGCCCGUUCCGUCUUCUUUUGCCGGGGCCCGCCUGGGCCAAAUCCUGCCCACCCUAAGGUCUUCCUUCCAGAAACCUCUCGCGGGCCAAUGAGAGAGCUCCGAGCGUCAGUAGAGCGUCCGUCAGCUCCUCCCUCUCCCGCUCCUAGGAACUGGAGACGCGGGGGGCGGGUCCUCCCCGCCUGGCUUGGAGUCGCGGGCUACCAUUGGCCACAGACCUGAGGACGUUCUCCGGGCUGUCCGACCCAGGAGGUUCCGCUGGGUGGUUACGCGCGCAUGCGCGACUUAGUCAAGUUGGGCUUCCGAGCGGGAACAGAGCUGGGCGCGGGAAACGAGCUCGGUAGUCACCAGGAGAAUGGACAGAAAGCUGGUUCCUACAGGAAGACAAGAUGCUGAGAUGCUGUGCUGGAGAUGGCUGGAACAAACACUAAGGACCAGAGGACUUCAUUGAUGAUAUCCCCUGUCAGACAGCUAUAUAGGAAAAGACUUUUUGAAUUUUAAAGGGACUAAUUGCUCAAACUCCCCCUCUAGGGUUUCCUGUUCAUAAACUAUAAGUAGGUGACUGGGUAUAUGUUCGAUCUUGGAAAGAUGAAAAAUUAACCCCAAAUUGGGAUGGGCCCUUUCAGGUACUUUUAACAUCUGAUACUGCAGUUCGCACCCAGGAGCGGGGUUGGACCCAUCACACCAGAGUAAAAGGACCAGUGGCGCCUCCUUCAUCUGAAUGGACUGCUGAAAAACGAAAGGGCCUCAAACUAUAUCUAUGAAGGAGACUGCCUCCUAUGGGCCCUUAUCAUGAUCCUUAAACUUCUUUCAUUUCUUAUAGUGACUGUUACUGCUGUACCUAUCCCUGUACUGUUUCCACAAGAGAAUCAGUUUAUACAACUUGUGCAAAAGGGUAGGGGAAAGCAAUUGGGGAUGAGUACAUGUGAGUAUACCUAUUCUUGCCAGAUUGGUUACUUUGAAGUUGACUGUUCCCUAUAUCAAGGUAGAUGGAAUGCCACUGAUAUUAAAUGCACUAAUGGGACACGGAUAUCAUGUAAGAGUGCAAGGUACCUUAUUGGUACUAAUUACCACACAACCUGCAGAUAUGUAUUGGCAGGAGGGAAUCCUCGUUUAAGCUGUAAUCUUUCCCAGGAAAUUGGUGACUUAGAGCGACUAAAUCUAUGUAAAGAUGAUAAUAGUAUUAAUGGUAAACUGAGGCUUCCUUAUUAUGAUUGGGCAUGGAGAAAUCAAACAUGGUCUGGAUAUUUUAGGAAAUUUUGGAGCAAGGAAGAUCGUACUAAUUUGGAUCCAGAGGUGGAAAACUGUAAUUGGAAAAAAAAAAAUAAACAGCUAUGGAAAUGUAUUUAUAAAGAUGGGGACCAUAUACAGUUCCGAGGGGGAUUGUUGGGAGACAGGAAUAUUCAAUAUUAUCCAUCAAGAGGAAAUGUGAGUCGAAUUUUUAGUAAAAAACAACCAGCUUUAAAAGGCCAUUAUUGGAUAUGUGGUUUAACUGCUUAUACACACCUUCCAACAGAUUGGACUGGAAACUGUUAUAUUGGAUUAGUGAGACCUAAAUUCUUUUUCUUACCAGAACAAGAAGGGAAGCAGUUAGGGAAACAACUAGAUGAUGACCUUGAAAGAGAUUGGAGGUCAAUCGAUUCAUCAAUAGCAUCUACAGGAAAUGCUAACGGUUGGGGGAAUGGUUGGCCCCCCGGAAAGGAUAAUAAAAGAAUAUGGACGAGCAACCUGGGCACAAGAUGGAAGUUGGGGAUACAGGACCCCGAUUUAUUUAUUCUGUUGUAGAAAUUAUAACUAAUCAGACUACCAAAACUACUGAUUUACUUGUAACUUAUGCCGAGCAGAGCCAGGAGGCUAUUCUGCAACAUAGACUAGUAUUGAAUUAUUUGUUAGCUGAAGAAAAGAGGUGUAUGUGGGAAAUUGAAUUUGUUAACAUGUUGUAUAAAACUAGAUGAUGUAGGACAGGCAGUCAAAAAUAUUAACAAAGAAAUUAGAAAAUUGGCCCAUGUCCAGAUUCAAACAUGGUCAACUCCCUUUAACACCACUUGGUGGUCCUGGUUUGGGGGUAGUUGGUGGAAACAACAACUGUGGUUUGUGCUAAUAGCUUUUAGUGGGAUUAUUUUACUUCCUAUAUGCAUACCUUGUAUAAUUCAAUUAGUUACUAAGUUAGUAAAAGAUAGCAUUGCUAAAAUGAUUACUACUGCCUCUGAUAAUACUAGAAUGUUGCUUUUGCAGGGACAGGGUUGGGUACCUAUUGCAGCAUCAGAACAGGAUGAUCCUGAUAGGAAUGAAGGAGAGUUAGAUAAAAUGUGUGAGAUGAUGUUACAAAAUUUUGAAGAGAUCUCAGUAAGAUAAAAAGUGGAGGGACUGAGUGAGACAAUGUGAGAUCUUUCAGAUGGACUGAGUGUAACAGUUUUGUAGACUGUUACAAACUCAAGGUUGGUUACACUAGCCUGAAUAGGCCCAAGUUUCAAGUUCCUAGAAAAACACAUGAUCUAUACUGUUACAUUAGUGUUAGGUAAUGGCUAAUGCUAAAUAAGGAUAAAAUAGCUAGGACUGGUAGUAUCAUAAAGAGAUUCCUUGUUUCUGGG